AAGCGCUUUCCUAAACAGAACCGUUUGUCAUUGCAGCGUCUUUUCUGAGCGGAUUUCAGCUUAAAUGGUUGUGAUCGGUGUAGAUCAGACUGGUGCGUCUGAAAUCUCAAAAAUGUCCGCUGCGAGUCAGGCCGAGAGAGCUGUCCUGGAGGAAGAGUUCAACUGGCUCCUUAAAGAGGAGGUUCAUGCUGUCUUGAAGCAGCUUCAGGAUAUUCUGAAGGAAGCUUUGAGGCGUUUUUCGGUUCCCACGCCAGGGAUGGAGGGUCAGCUCAAACAAGAGAACUUUAUUCUUGGCAGCUCCACCAUGGACCAGGUGAAAGGAGUCCUCACUCUGCAGGGAGACGCUCUGACUCAGGCUGAUAUCAAUAUUAAGGUGGCUAAAAGCACUCAGGUCAUGCAUUUCACAUUCCGGGAGGAUAAACAGUGGAAAUUACAACAGAUCCAGGAUGCAAGGAACCAUGUAAACCAGGCACUUCAGCUGCUCAGCAGUCGUGAUGAGAGCUAUCAGUUUAAAACUGGCGCUGAGGUCAAUAAGUUGAUGGAUGCUGUGAUGAUGCAGUUAACUCGAGCGCGCAAUCGUCUUACCACACCAGCUACCAUGACUCUACCUGAACUCGCUUCCACUGGAUUAAUGAGAAUGUUCACUCCCCCGAUGCCUGGCGAUGUGAUGGUGAAUUUAUACAUAAAUCUCAGCAAACUCUGUCUGACCAUCUAUCAACUGCACGUACUUCAGCCCAACACUACUAAGAACUUCAAACCAGCUGGAAGUUCAGUUAUGCAUAAUCCUGGAGCGAUGUUUGAACUAAACAACACUAAGUUUGAAGUGAGCCACGUGCACAAAGUGGAGUGUGUGGUGCCGUGGUUGAAUGACACGCUGGUGUUUUUCACCAUCUCAUUACAGCUCUGCCAGCAACUUAAAGAUAAGAUUUCAGUAUUCUCCAGCUUCUGGAACUACAGGCCAUUUUAAGCUGACCAAAUAUAUAAAUUCAUAUUGUAAGUGCAGAAUUAAAUAUAAAUAUAUAUAUAUAUUAUCUACACAAUAGAAGAAAAAAAACUCAUAUAAUAAAUCCAUGUAUUAUUUGUUUAAGGACCAGGUGUUAGACAUAGACUGCCUGGCCAAAAAAAAGUCACCAUUUUAAAAGGGUCAAAUUAUUGGGCUGCAUUAAGCAAAGACAACAACUAAGGAGGUUUGAAAUGACUGAAACUGGAUUAAAAACCCUUCAUCAUAUUAUCAAAAACAGGAAGGAUAGUGCUGAUCUCUAAAUUUAUUGGAAGAAAUAGCAUUUAAAUCAUGAAUGAAGAUCACUUUAACAGUUGGUGAAGUUGCAUGGUAAAAAAUCAACAGCUAAAACCAUAGCUAUAUUUAAUUGUGAAAGUAAGAGCAUCUCCAUACACAUAGAAACACACAAUGUGAGGAGAACAGCUGUGAGUUUAUAAGUAAACCACUUGUUGGGGAGGCUAAUGAGAAAAAAGGCUUCUGCCUCUUUUGAGUUUUCUUCCCAGAUGUUACAGGCAUAUUCCAGGUGUGAAAGAGUGGUUCUUGAAGCAUAAGGACUCAUUUUGACAUAUGAACUGGCCACCACAGUGUGUGCUGGAAUCAAAGUGAAAUGUGAUUGAAUGAAAUCUUAGAAUGUGCAUUUUUUCCCUUCUCUGGCCAGGCAGUGUAUGUAUAACGUGAAUACACACAUUCAGGCCAAGUCUUAUCAUUGUAAGUGUAACGGGUAUGAAUAUUAGGUUUGAUUUUUGGAUUCGUUGUUAAAUUUUGAAGUAAAUUUCUGUUAUUCCGUUAUUAUUUGUAAGAAAAAAAACUGUGAAAUAUUUGAAUUAUCUGAGAGCUAUGAUCAAAACCUGUUUAGCAAUGUUUUUCUGAUGACACUAUUUAGCAUCACAUGUAAUCAUGUCUAAAACUUAUUUAAUGGUCCAUGAUUCAUUUCAUUUAAUUGUGUACACUUUUUUUUUGGUAUUAUGUCUUAAUUUGAUAGUUUGACUAAAAUGUAUGUAACUAUCCCUUUGCCAGUCUGCCAAGAUGCAUCCACGUCUAAAAUUUGCUUCUUUACUCUCGCACGCAUACAAAUUGCGUUAUUUGAGACAAGUUUUGGUAGCUGACCUAGCUUUGUAGCUCUAAAGCUAAAUUAAAGAUGUGAUCAUCACAUACCAAACACAUGUUGGCUGAUUAACAACAUUUUGGGUAAAGAGGAUAUUGUGUACAUACAUUUCACUUUGGGCAUUUUAGGCAGAUUUUGCUGAUUUUAUAUACUUGAACGCUGUGGUCAAAAGUAUUUGGACACCCAUGUGAACUGAACAUAGCCAUGACCUCAACUCAAAUAAAUACUUUUGGGGUGAUCUGAAGUGUGUCAGGCCUUCUUACCCAAAGAAUGAAAUGUUCAGCAAGCAGGUGUCCACAAACUUUGGAUCAUAGCGUGAGUGGCACACUACAAGACUAGUUUAGCUUCUAGAAGAAAUCCUUAUUAUACCUAUACUGUACAUUCCAUAGAUUCCAUGAUGGACUUGUUUGUUCAUUUUACUUAUUUAAUACAAGCCAUGAAUUAUUUUCUAAAUUAUUGUUAUACUUUAUUUAUACAAAUGAUAAAAAGUAACAAUUGUUUUUGCUUUGCUCUAUUUUGUCCAUUUGACCAUUCCAACACAGACUAAUGACUUGGUGUUAAACAAUGCUUUUCCUUUACAUAUUGUCUUAUGUUAACAUUAAUAAUUGUGCAAUAAAUGUGUGAAAGUC